AUGUCACAAAACAGUUUGGCGUCAUAUGUCUGGGUUGAAGCACAUGGCUUAUCGUCUGUUUUAAGAGCUAAAACCGUGAUGCUCGUGUACGAAAAUGUCUUAUUUUACUUUCUCGGUGUUGGCUUGUUCUUUGGUUUUGCUUUUCCGCAAGAGGUAAGAAUGAUCAUUCAUGACAUUGUUAAUUCCCUUAUCACAUAUGAUUCCAUGUUAUCUUGCAAUCUGCAUUUUAAAUUCAUCCUUCAUUGCGUACUAAUACCCAAUUUGAAGUCGAAUUGCAAUAUAUUUUGACCUCAUGAUCUGUUGGACACAAGCGAAUUUCGAAGAUAAGUUGUUAAACUUAAAUAAGUUCCUUAAUUAAGCCGCGGUCAAACGAGAAUGAGAGUUCUAGGUUAACAAAAAAAGUUUGACGAGUGUUUGAACCACGUUUUAAUUUAACUAAGCCUAAGGUACACAUGAAACAUGAUUGUGUUGGGGAAAGCAAUAGUAAUAACAGCUAACCAAGAUCUCGUGACUGCCAACCUUCAUGCACACUCAUCCUCGUUUGUCCAGGCCUUUCUUUCCAAUGAAGUGUUUUUCAUAUGUGUGUGUUCACGCGGAAACGUGUAAACUUUCUAAAUUUCAUUUAAAGUGGCUCGAUAUACCACAUUUAUCAAACAUUAAUGUUUUUAAAUUAAACUUCCUGUUUUUGAGUUUAUGCGGCAGAUGUUAUGAAGUUCAAAUAUGUUAAUUUUUCUUCUUUCAAAUUAUCUUCUUUCAAGUUUUGUUAACAAAACAGUUGGUUGCUAUGGCAACACACGCGCGCGAAACUCUAAGAUAUAGUCUAUUUCUUCGUUAGAAAAGAAGCACAGUGACCCCCUAUUUUUUUCUUCUUCCAUUAUUUACUUAGAAAAAGGACUAACAAUAGGCAAGAUAUAAAAAUUCUGUGAUGCCAUUUUCUUCAAAGGCGCAAAAAUGUCAUUUUCGUCAAUAACAUUAUUUUGGUGUUGUAUGGAAUUUUUUGUUUUCGGUAUAAUGAAAGAUUUUUGUAAUAAUACACCGGGGAAAUUUGAACAUAGGUCACUGGACAAAAUAAUGAAAUAUAGCGCAUUGUUUUUCAAAAAUUUAAUUCUUAUAAUAUAUGGCACCAGCAAUCGACAUGCAGCACCGCGAUACAACACGCGAGAUGGCGGGCCCGCAUGAGCGACUCGCACUCCAGGUUCUAUUGGAAGUAUUUUAGCUAGUUCGUAUUCACGCGGAAACGAAUUCUUAAUAAUCACGCAGGUUUGUUCAUAUACCAUGUUUUUACGAUUCUUGAAAAAGGGAUUUUGUGAUGAUCACUAUGUCAAGUCACCUUAAGUAUUAACGACCUCGACAAAUGCAGAUUAAAUCAUAUACGGAAAACUAAAUACUGUGUUUUUAUUCAUUCUUUUUAUUAUGCAGUUAUUUCGUAAGUAACAUUCAGGGCUCGAAAUAGCGGGCUGUCAAUGGCCAUAUUUUAGAAAUGGCAGGCAAAAACAACUUUUGAACUGCCACAGUAAAAAAAAAAUGCCAUGUGAAAUUCUAUAGAUAUAUUUCAUUUCAUUUGCUUACAACAACUCAUAUAUAUAGAGGAUAUUACACGGUGGCGCGAAGAUAUCACUUUUAUCUUCGAGUGCUGAAAAAAAAUAUUUUACGAGCGAGCGCAGCGAGUCAGUCAAAUAUUGUUUUUAACACGAGAAGAUGAAAGUCAUAUCUUCAAGCCACCGUAUAAUGUGUUUAUUAUAUAGUCCCAAGCAAAAAAUUGUGAAAUUUCACGCUCAAAAGCAAGUUGGAAAAAGUCACGUGAUCGAUAUCUUCACUAAAAUAUCUCGCUGUGUAUUUUUCAAUAUCUCACUCUCUAUUAUAUAAUAAACUAGACUAUUUAGUUGACUAAAAACGUUUAUAUUUGAAAUGUAAAUCCAAGUUUACUGUAGUAAAAUAGACAAGUCUAAAAACAAUAAAAAUGCUUAUCAUGAAAACAUUGAUUUUUACAAUGUGUCUCAUAUAUGAGACAUCGGCAUUUUGGCAGUUCAAUGCCAAUAAAAUGGCAGGCUAACAUUUAUUUCACUUCAUGCCAAAAUAUUUUAGACUGGAAGGCCAUAUUUUUUCUCUACUUCGGGCCCUGAGCCAUUUGUUAAAUGGAUUUACCCUUUUACGCACACCUAUGAAAAACGCUUAAUUAACUGGAAUGCAGCUUUAUGGCUAUGUCUGAUGACGGAGAAAAUGUGCGAUCAAUCGGUUCUCGGAAUUAUCCUAACCCUCCCUGGCAACAUGACGUUUGGGAGGAAUCCGGAGUACCCGGUGAAAACGCACAACUUUCGGCAGAGCGGUGACUUAAGGCCGAAACACACUGGAUUUUUCUAUUUUCACUGACCGAUAACUUUGAUCCUGCAGGUUUAAGUUUUUUAAAUAUUUAGAAGUGUUAUAACAUUUUGAGUUAUUUUUUAGUUAUUUGAUCUACACAUCCUUUAUAAUUUCCUUUCGUUGACUGACAGUUUUUGUAUUGACUUUCAAAAACUGAAAAAUCAAGCCACGUUGUCGAAUCGCGUCCGGUAUGUCUCGGCCUUUACUCUUCACAGUGACAUACGUCCCCAGCACAAAUGGGACCCACGAUCUCAUACGACUGAGAUAGCUUAAUUGAUGGCUAUAAUUGACGGCUAAGUUAUACCGUGCGACGUCCUUAUUGUCAAGAACGCACCUUAUGAAAGAUACGUGAUCGAUCAAUUAUGCAAGUGCGAUAGCAAUAUAAUGUCCAUUUAAUUUUUCCACAGGUACCGGUGAAAUGCAAAUCCAGCGGUUAUCAACAACUGGGUGAAGGUAUGAUAAAAGAGUGAUUUAAUUGGGCAUUAACGCCUUAACUUGCCCUUAACACAGUGACAAACACUGCGCCGGGUGGGGGGUUGAACGAUAGAGGAAUAAUUGUUUGACAAAGUGUAACAAUAAUUUUUCAUCCAUGAGAACGUUGGUGGCCUAUAAAUUAAGGAUGAGAGUGCGUGAAAGUUGUUAGUUACCCGCCUUGAGUAGCUGUUUUUAGUACUUUCCCAAUGUUUUCAUUUACAACAGAAAAACUUAAUACAUAGCCUAUAUAUACUUUAUACUGCAUGAUCAUCAUAAAAUAUUAUUAACUUUUCAAGAGUGAUGGAAAGGGUUUGAUAUUUUCCCAUGCAGCCCGAACGGUCGAGGUUGGUAAGUCAUUGUAUGUGUGUUAAAAAAAAACAAGAUUUGCCAAGGGUAUUGUCACGUCUGGCAGAAAGCAGCAGCACCGACAUUCACAAGUGUGGUCUUUGACAGUGUCUAGGCUGUGACAAAAUAAGCCCUACCCUCCAUUUCCCCACGUCCCUUCAUUAGAAUUAGUUUAUAUUAGGUAUAGAUUUUAAUGCAAGGAAAUAUAAACAUAAACAUUCUUUAUAACGUUAGAUGGUAAUGUUGUGUAUAUAACGUACUCCUAUGGUAAAUUGUAUGAAAAUUUCUCAAAAUGAUUCUCUAAUGAUGGUUCUGUAACUUGAUAUCUUAUUUUACAAGAACAUGAAAAUGUAUUUAGCAUCUCAUGCACUCGAGUGCAUGGCACUCGAAUGCCAAUAUAUUUGGCAUCUCACUCGAUUAAAUGAAUGUUGAAGGCCUUUGUCGAUGGUUGUCGAGUGAGAUGGAUGCCCACAAAUCCUGAUAUUUACUCAUAAAUAUUAUCAUGGCAUUAUACUUUAAUAUACAUGAACUUGCGGUUAGAGCUCGACAACUGGACUCUGUAACUUAGUUGACUAGAGCGCUGCACUGGAAUCAUAUAGGGCCGCAAGUUCGAUUGCUGCCAAAGGGCCUGUAAUCACAGCUGCAUGCUUAGGUCUAAAUAAAUGUACAAUUUACAUGCACUCGAAAUUUCCAUCUACAAAAUCCUUCAAUUCUAGUUCAGCGGAGUCAUGAUCUUGAUAAAAUCCUGAUAUACUGUAUACCGAAAUAAACGGUAUAUACUAAAUUUUCAUUCUUUUCAAUUUUUCAUCUCUCCGCAGUGAUUUACAAUUAUUAUCGUGAUGAAUCCCGUUGGGAUGAGGCGAAAACCUAUUGCUCAAAGCGUGGUGAAACCUUACUGGACUUCACUGACAGCGAAGAUUUACAAUAUGUUAAGAAUCUAAACGCAUCGCUUCCACGCAUCUGGAUAGGACUAAAGAAAAAUAAGAGUGAUCUUAAUGAAAAUGUUGGAAACGUUGAAGAUUUGUUUAAAAUUAAACGUUGUGAAAUUAUAAAAGAUGAUGGUACGGUUUUAUAUUAUAAUGCUUACAGGAUACUACCAUCAGUUUGUGUUAAAAGACUGCAAGGUAAGAACAUCUCGAUAUCCGUUCAAUAAAGUGUAAGAAUACGACGUUUAAAAAUGUCAAACUGUCAUACAUCUUAAUGGGUGUGUCGAGCCACCAUAAGUGGUCAAGCUAGUGAGCGAUUCUCAUACCCAAUUUGGAAGAUCUAUUGAAAGCACUGAAAUAUAGCACUGGAUAGAGCAUCCGCUAUACAUAAAUGAAGCCAUUGCUGGCCAUGUUGGUGUGACGCUGCCAUUUUAAAAGAGCUCGUCACAGGCCGGUUCUCGUUAUUGCUGGUGAAUAGACCUUAUGCAUAAUGACGUCACAAGGCUUCAUGCCCGCGAGAAAUGCUGGUCUUAGUAGUCAUUGCCCGGGAAAAUUUCGAUAGUGGCCAUUUUGAAUUGAUUAAUUUUCCCGGGCGAUGACCACUGAGACCAGCAUUCCUCGCGGGCAUCAAGCCUUGUGACGUCACUAUGCAUAAGGUGUAUUGCCUAGAUAAGCUAUAUCUUUUAAGCUACUCAGGCAACGACAUUUGCGUGAUAGUUAAAUUAUUUAAAUACCUAAGAAUGCAAUAGGUAAAUAAUUUGACACAUUUAAGAAAGCUCUUCUCAUUAUAAAUAUUCGUGCUUCACAAUUGACUUGUUGAACUCAAAAGGAUACUCUAUAUCCAGUGUUAGGUUUCAGAUCAGUGAUUGAAAACAAUGAUCCCGCCUGGGCUCGUGGACAGUAAUCGCAUCUGGAACGAAGUAAACAAAUGGUCUGUUAAUAAGCAAGGAAGGACUUUGACAUGUUGUUGUUGCACAAUAUUUGUAACAAUAGACGAACAAAAUGCAAUUCUAAUAUGUCUCUUUUCGUUAUUAGAUCAGUGUGAUGUUUAUUGGCAGAAAAAUGACAGGCAAUGUUUUCUACCAGUGUACGAUAGAAUGAGCUGCUUUGGCGCACUUGCUCACUGCAAGAGACUAAAUGGCACACUUGAUGCUGGCAAAUUUGCUGAAGCUUUAAUUUUUAACGCGUCUCGGAAUAUUGCAACCUGGUCGUUUUGGACAGGGAAGCUCAAAGAAAUCAAUAUUGAUCCACAUGCUAAUUGGACUUGGGGGAAUGGCAGUCUAUUUGAGGAAUGGAAUGAAAAGAAAAUAAUAAUUACUGAUGUUGGUUGUAGUGGCUGUGGUUUUAUGAAAAAUGGAACGAUUUACCUGACUUCAAAUUGUUCACAACGAAUCUCUUACUUAUGUGAAAAAGAUCGCGUGC